GCUGACUCCGCGUCUGGCAUGCGGGGUUCUCUACUGCAGCUGCAGGAGUCCUUGUCUCACGGCGACCGCUGCAGCGCCGCGAUGGCCAGUUAUCAGCUGAUCCGGGGCCUGGGACAGGAGUGCGUGCUGAGCACCGGCCCCGCGGUGCUGGCGUUACAGACUUCUUUAGUUUUUUCCAAAGAUUUUGGUUUGCUUGUAUUUGUUCGGAAGUCACUUAGCAUUGAUGAAUUUCGUGAUUGUAGAGAAGAAGUCUUAAAAUUUUUAUGUAUUUUCUUAGAAAAAAUUGGCCAGAAGAUCACACCUUAUUCUCUUGAAAUUAAGAAUACUUGUACCAGUGUUUACACAAAGGAUAAAGCUGCUAAAUGUAAAAUCCCAGCCCUAGAUCUUCUUAUUAAGUUACUUCGGACUUUAAGAAGUUCUAGACUCAUGGAUGAAUUUAGAAUUGGAGAGUUAUUUAGCAAAUUCUAUGGAGAACUUGCAUCGAAAACAAAAAUACAGGAUACAGUUUUAGAAAAAAUAUAUGAGCUUCUAGGAGUAUUAGGUGAAGUUCAUCCUAGUGAGAUGAUAAAUAAUUCAGAAAAACUCUUCCGGGCUUUUCUGGGUGAACUUAAGAUCCAGAUGACAUCAGCUGUAAGAGAGCCCAAACUGCCUGUUCUGGCAGGGUGUCUGAAGGGAUUGUCUUCACUCAUGUGUAACUUCACCAAAUCCAUGGAAGAAGAUCCCCAGACUUCAAGGGAGAUUUUUGAUUUUGCAUUAAAGGCAAUUCGUCCUCAGAUUGAUCUGAAGAGAUAUGCGGUACCCUUAGCUGGCUUAUGCUUAUUUACCCUACAUGCAUCUCAGUUUAGCACCUGCCUUCUGGACAACUACAUUUCUUUAUUCGAAGUACUGUCAAAAUGGUGUAGCCAUACAAAUGUAGAAUUGAAAAAAGCGGCACAUUCAGCUCUGGAAUCUUUUCUGAAACAGAUUUCUUUUAUGGUGGCGAAAGAUGCAGAAAUGCAUAAGAGUAAGCUACAGUACUUUAUGGAGGAAUUCUAUGGAAUCAUCAGGAACAUGGAUUCAAACAGCAAAGAUUUAUCCAUUGCGAUUCGUGGAUAUGGACUUUUUGCAGGACCUUGCAAGGUUAUAAAUGCAAAGGAUGUUGACUUCAUGUACGUAGAGCUCAUUCAGCGCUGCAAGCAGCUUUUCCUCACCCAGAUAGACACUGUUGAUGACCACAUUUACCACAUGCCAAGUUUCCUCCAGUCUAUUGCAAGUGUCUUGCUUUACCUUGAUACAGUUCCUGAAGUGUAUACUCCAGUUCUGGAACAUCUCAUGGUGGUACAGAUAGACAGUUUCCCACAGUAUAGUCCAAAAAUGCAGUCAGUGUGUUGUAAAGCCAUAGUGAAAGUUUUCCUAGCCUUAGGGGGGAAAGGACCAGUUCUCUGGAAUUGCAUCAGUACCGUGGUGCAUCAGGCUUUAAUCAGAAUAUGUUCUAAGCCAGUGAUCAUUCAAAAGGAUGUUGAGUCUGAAUCUGAAGAUUAUCGUGCAUCAGGGGAAGUUAGAACUGGCAGAUGGAAAGUGCCCACAUAUAAAGACUAUUUGGAUCUUUUUAGAAGUCUCCUGAGUUGUGACCAGAUGAUGGAGUCUCUCUUAGCAGAUGAAGCAUUUCUCUUUAUGAAUUCCUCCUUUCAAAAUCUGAAUCGUUUGCUAUAUGAUGAAUUUGUCAAAUCAGUUUUGAAGAUUAUUGAGAAAUUGGAUCUUACUCUAGAGAAACAGAAUGUUGGGGGACACGAGGAUGAAAAGGAAGUUACUGGUGUUUGGGUGAUCCCGACCUCAGAUCCAGCUGCUAACUUGCAUCCUGCUAAACCCAAAGAUUUUUCAGCUUUCUUUAACCUGGUGGAAUUUUGCAGAGAGAUUCUUCCUGAGAAACAUGUAGAAUUUUUUGAGCGAUGGGUACAUUCAUUUGCAUAUGAAUUAAUUUUGCAGUCUACACGGUUGCCUCUCAUCAGUGGUUUCUACAAAUUGCUUUCUGUUGCUGUGAGAAAUGCCAAGAAAAUAAAAUAUUUUGAGGGAGUUGGUCUGAAGGGUCAGACACAGUCUCCUGAGGAUCCAGAAAAGUAUUCUUGCUUUGCUUUGCUUGCAAAAUUUGGUAAAGAGGUUUCAGUUAAAAUGAAGCAAUACAAAGAUGAACUUUUGGCCUCCUCUUUGACCUUUAUUCUGUCCCUGCCACAUGACAUCAUUGAACUUGAUAUUAGAGCCUACGUUCCUGCAUUGCAGAUGGCUUUUAAACUGGGCCUGAGCUAUACCCCACUGGCGGAAGUAGGCCUGAAUGCCCUAGAAGAAUGGUCUGUUUACAUCAGCAAACAUGUAAUUCAGCCCCAUUAUAAAGACAUUUUACCCAGCCUUGAUGGAUAUCUGAAAACUUCAGCCUUAUCAGAUGAGACCAAGAACAAUGGGGAAGUAUCAGCACUUUCUCGAGCUGCCCAGAAAGGAUUUAAUAAAGUUUUAUUAAAGCAUCUGAAAAAGACAAAGAGCAUUUCAUCAAAUGAAGCACUGUCCUUAGAAGAAAUAAGGACUAGAGUAGUACAAAUGCUUGGCUUUCUAGGAGGACAAAUAAACAAAAAUCUCCUAACAGUUGCAUCCUCAGAUGAAAUGAUGAAGAAAUGUGUGACAUGGGACAGAGAAAAAAGACUCAGUUUUGCAGUACCAUUUAUAGAAAUGAAACCUGUCAUUUAUCUGGAUGUGUUCUUACCUCGGGUCACAGAAUUAGCUCUUUCAGCUAGUGACAGACAAACUAAAGUUGCGGCUUGUGAGCUUUUACACAGCAUGAUUAUGUUUAUGUUGGGAAAAGCCACUCAAAUGCCUGAAGGUGAUCAAGGUUUCCCACCCAUGUACCAGCUCUACAAGCGAACUUUUCCUGUGCUACUUCAACUUGCAUGUGAUGUAGAUCAGGUGACAAGGCAACUAUAUGAGCCCCUAGUUAUGCAACUGAUUCACUGGUUCACAAACAAUAAGAAAUUUGAAAGUCAGGAUACUGUCGCCUUACUAGAAACAAUAUUGGAUGGAGUUGUAGACCCUGUUGACAGUACUUUAAGAGAUUUUUGUGGUCGGUGUAUUCGCGAAUUCCUCAAAUGGUCCGUUAAGCAGACAACACCGCAGCAGCAGGAAAAAAGUCCAGUAAACACCAAAUCGCUUUUCAAGCGACUGUACAGCUUUGCCCUUCACCCUAAUGCUUUCAAGAGGCUAGGAGCAUCACUUGCCUUUAAUAAUAUCUAUAGGGAAUUCAGGGAAGAAGAGUCUUUGGUGGAACAGUUUGUGUUUGAAGCGUUGGUUACAUAUCUGGAAAGUCUGGCCUUAGCACACACAGAUGAGAAAUCCUUAGGUACAAUUCAACAAUGUUGUGAUGCCAUUGAUCACCUAAGGCGUAUCAUUGAAAAGAAGCACGUAUCUUUAAACAAAGUAAAAAAGCGACGUAGGCCACGAGGAUUUCCACCUGCGGCAUCAUUGUGUUUACUGGAUGUGGUCCAGUGGCUGUUAGCCCACUGUGGGAGGCCCCAAACAGAAUGUCGACACAAAUCCAUAGAACUCUUUUAUAAAUUUGUUCCUUUAUUGCCAGGCAGUACAUCCCCUUCUUCAUGGCUGAAGGAUAUUCUUAAGAACAAAGAUACUUCCUUUCUCAUAAACAUAUUUGAGGGGGGAGGAGGAGAUUGUGAUCGGCUGUCAGGCAUCCUUGCUCAGCCCACCCUCUUCCAUCUGCAAGGGCCGUUCAGCCUGAGAGCUGUCCUGCAGUGGAUGGACAUGCUUCUGGCGGCUUUGGAGUGCUACAACACAUUCAUUGAAGAGAAAACCCUUGAAGCAUCUGAGAUCCUGGGUACUGAAACACAGUCUUCACUUUGGAAAGCGGUGGCUUUCUUUUUAGAAAACAUUGCUAUGCAUGGUAUUACGGCAGCAGAAAAGUGCUUUGGCACUGGGGCAACAGGUCACAGACCCAGUCCACAAGAGGGAGAAAGAUAUAAUUACAGCAAAUGCACGAUUGUGGUCCGGAUUAUGGAAUUUACCACAACGCUGCUCAGCACCUCCCCAGAAGGCUGGAAGCUCCUUGAAAAGGAUUUAUAUAAUAACAAAAACCUUAUGAAACUCUUGGUGAAAACCCUAUGUGAGCCCUCGAGCAUAGGUUUCAAUAUUGGUGAUGUCCUAGUUAUGAAUCAUCUUCCUGAUGUUUGUGUAAACCUGAUGAAAGCACUAAAGAAGUCCCCAUACAAAGACACCCUUGAGAUGUACCUCAAGGAAAAAAUAACAGCACAGAGCAUUGAGGAGCUCUGUGCUGUUGACCUGUAUGGCCCUGAUGCUUAUGUGGAUAGGGCCAAGCUGGCGUCUGUCGUGUCAGCUUGUAGACAACUUCACAGAGCUGGUUUUUUGCAUGUUGUAUUACCAUCUCAGUCUGCAGAUCAGCAUCAUUCUGUUGGCACAAAACUUCUUUCCCUGGUUUAUAAAAGCAUUGCACCUGGAGAUGAACGAGAGUAUUUUCCUUCACUAGACCCCAGUUGUAAGCGAUUAGCCAGUGGACUUCUGGAGUUGGCCUUUGCUUUUGGAGGACUGUGUGAGCACCUUCUGAAUCUUCUCCUCGACACCACAGUGUUGUCUAAGUCAGCCCCAGGAGUGUCCCAGAGAAACAUGGUCAGCUUCUCUCACGGAGAGUAUUUUUAUAGCUUGUUCGCAGAGACAGUCAACACCGAAUUAUUGAAAAAUCUAGAUCUUGCUGUAUUGGAGCUCAUGAAAUCAUCUGUGGAUAAUCCCAAAAUGGUAAGCACCGUUCUGAAUGGUAUGUUAGAUCAGAGCUUCAGGGAUCGAGCCAGCCAGAAACACCAAGGACUGAAACUUGCGAGUAAAAUUCUGCACAACUGGAAGAAGUGGGACUCCUGGUGGGCCAAAGAUUCUACUCCUGAAAGUAAAACAGCAGUGCUGACCUUACUGGCCAAAAUUUUGCAGAUUGAUUCAUCUGUAUCUUUUAAUACAAAUCACAGUGCGUUCCCUGAAGUCUUUACAACAUAUGCUAGUCUACUUGCUGAUUCAAAGUUGGGUUUACAUUUAAAGGGUCAGGCUGUAAUUCUUCUUCCAUUCUUCACCAGUCUUACUGGAGGCAGUCUUGAGGACCUUAAGCAUGUCCUUGAAAAGCUUAUCGUUUCUAAUUUCCCCAUGAAGUCUGAAGAAUUUCCCCCAGGAACUCUGCGGUACAAUAAUUAUGUAGACUGCAUGAAGAAGUUUCUAGAUGCAUUGGAAUUAUCUCAAAGUCCUGUAUUGUUGCAGUUGAUGACGGAAAUUCUUUGUCGGGAACAGCAACAUGUUAUGGAAGAAUUAUUUCAAUCUACUUUCAAAAAGAUUGCCAGAAAGAGUUCAUGUGUCACACAAUUAGCCCUUUUGGAAAGGGUGUACAGAAUGUUCAAGAGGGACGACCUACUUUCAAAUGUUACUCGCCAAGCUUUUGUAGAUCGCUCCCUUCUCACCCUUUUGUGGCAUUGUAGCCUGAGUGCUUUGAGAGAAUUCUUCAGCAAAAUUGUAGUGGAUGCCGUUGAUGUGUUGAAGUCUAGAUUUACGAAGCUAAAUGAAUCUAUCUUUGAUACUCAAAUCACCAAGAAGAUGGGCUAUUAUAAAAUGCUACAUGUGAUGUAUUCUCGUCUUUCAAAAGAGGAUGUUCACUCGAAAGAAUCUAAAAUUAAUCAAGUUUUCAACGGCUCAUGUGUUACAGAAGGAAAUGAACUUACAAAGACACUUAUCAAAUUGUGCUAUGAUGCAUUUACAGAGAACAUGACGGGUGAGAAUCAGUUGCUGGAGAGGAGAAGACUUUACCAUUGUGCUGCAUACAACUGUGCCAUUUCUGUUAUCUGCUGUGUCUUCACCGAAUUAAAAUUUUACCAAGGUUUUCUCUUCACUGAAAAACCUGAAAAGAACUUGCUUAUUUUGGAAAAUCUGAUUGACCUGAAGCACUGCUAUACAUUUCCUGUAGAAGUUGAGGUUCCUAUGGAAAGAAAGAAAAAGUACAUUGAAAUUAGGAAAGAAGCCAGGGAAGCCACAAAUGGGGAUUCAGGUGGCCCUCAUUAUCUAUCUUCCUUGUCAUAUUUGGCAGACAGCAGCCUGAGUGAGGAAAUGAGUCAAUUUGAUUUCUCAACUGGAGUUCAGAGCUAUUCAUACUGUUCCCAAGAACUGAAAUCUACCCCUGGUCAUUUUAGGAGACAGGAGCAUAAAGACCCCAUGGUCCAAGAUGCUGUCCUAGAGUUAGAGAUGGAUGAGCUCAAUCAACACGAAUGUAUGGCGACCAUGACAGCCCUGAUUAAGCACAUGCACAGAAAUCAGAUACUACCUAAAGGAGGAGAGGGUUCAGUGCCAAAAAAUCUUCCUCCGUGGAUGAAAUUUCUUCAUGACAAACUAGGAAAUCCAUCGGUAUCAUUAAAUAUCCGUCUCUUCUUAGCCAAGCUUGUUAUUAAUACAGAAGAAGUCUUUCGCCCUUAUGCGAAGUACUGGCUAAGUCCCUUGCUGCAGCUGGUAGUUUCUGAAAAUAAUGGAGGAGAAGGAAUUCACUAUAUGGUGGUUGAGAUAGUGGUUACUGUUCUUUCAUGGACAGGAUUAGCUACUCCUGUGGGUGUCCCUAAAGACGAAGUAUUGGCAAACCGAUUGCUUCAUUUCCUAAUGGAACAUGUUUUUCAUCAAAAAAGAGCUGUGUUUAGACAUAACCUUGAAAUUAUAAAAACCCUUGUUGAAUGCUGGAAGGAUUGUUUAUCUAUCCCUUACAGGUUAAUAUUUGAGAAGUUUUCCAGUCAGGAUCCUAAUUCUAAAGACAAUUCAGUAGGAAUUCAAUUAUUAGGCAUUGUAAUGGCCAAUAAUUUGCCUCCCUAUGACCCAGAAUGUGGCAUAGAGAGCAUAAAAUACUUUCAAGCUUUGGUCAGUAAUAUGUCCUUUGUAAAAUAUAAAGAGGUAUAUGCAGCAGCAGCAGAAGUUCUAGGACUUACUCUUCGAUAUAUUACCAAGAAAGAAAAUGUAUUGGAGGAGUUGGUGUAUGAACUGAUCAUAAAGCAGUUGAAGCAACAUCAGAAUACGAGGGAGGACAAAUUUAUUGUGUGCUUGAACAAAGCCGUGAAGAACUUUCCUCCUCUUGCUGAUAGGUUUAUGAACACCGUGUUCUUCCUGCUGCCAAAAUUUCAUGGCGUGAUGAAGACCCUCUGUCUGGAGGUGGUGCUCUGUCGUGCAGAGGAAAUAACAGAUCUCUACUUACAGUUAAAGAGCAAGGAUUUCAUUCAAGUCAUGAGACACAGAGAUGAUGAAAGACAGAAAGUGUGUUUGGACAUAAUUUAUAUGAUGAUGGCAAAAUUGAAACCAACAGAACUCCGAGAACUUCUGAAUCCUGUUGUAGAAUUCAUUUCUCAUCCUUCUCCAGUGUGUAGGGAACAAAUGUAUAAUAUUCUAAUGUGGGUUCAUGACAAUUACCGAGAUCCAGAAAGUCAAGCAGAUGAUGAGUCUCGGGAAAUAUUUAAGUUGGCAAAAGAUGUGUUGAUUCAAGGGUUGAUCGAUGAGAACACUGGGCUUCAAUUAAUUAUUCGAAAUUUCUGGAGCCAUGAGACUAGAUUACCUUCCAAUAUCUUGGACCGAUUGUUGGCACUAAAUUCCUUAUAUUCUCCCAAGAUAGAAAUGCACUUUUUAAGUUUAGCAACAGAUUUUCUGCUUGAAAUGACCAGCAUGAGCCCAGAUUAUCCAAACCCUGUGUUUGAGCAUCCUCUGUCAGAAUGUGAAUUUCAGGAAUAUACCAUUGAUUCUGACUGGCGUUUCCGAAGUACUGUUCUCACUCCGAUGUUUAUUGAGACUCAAGCCUCCCAAAGUGCUCUCCAGGCCCGGACCCAGGAGGGAUCCCUCCCAGCUCAAGGGGUGAUGGCUAAGCAGAUACGGGCCACCCAACAGCAGUAUGACUUCACACCUACACAGACUGCAGGAUCACUGUGGCUUGAAGGAGCAGGUGGGGUGUUUCCUGCUUCACAAAUGAGGACGAUGAGGCUCAGACACCUAAGCUGCCUCGGGUCACUCACUAGUAACCUGAUAGAACUUCUGCCUAGUGACGUGGCUGUUUCCCUGGAGGAGCUGUCCCCAGUGACUAUGGCAGAUGGCAGAAGCUCCUUUAAUUGGCUCACUGGGAGCAGUAUUGACCCACUAGUGGAUUAUACAGUCUCCUCAUCAUCGGAUUCCUCAUCUUCCUCCUUGCUGUUUGUCCACAAGAGGAGUGAAAAGUUACAGAGAGCACCCUUGAAGUCAGUGGGACCUGAUUUUGGGAAAAAAAGGCUGGGUCUUCCAGGAGAUGAGGUGGAUAACAAAGCAAAAGGUAUAGACAAUCGGGCAGAAAUAUUAAGAUUACGCAGACGAUUUAUAAAGGACAAAGAAAAGCUCAGUUUGAUUUAUACCAGAAAAAGUAUUGCUGAACAAAAACGAGAGAAGGAGAUUAAGAGUGAAUUAAAAAUGAAGCACGAUGCCCAAGUCAUUUUGUACAGGAGUUACCGUCAAGGAGACCUUCCUGACAUUCAGAUUAAAUACAGUAGCCUGAUCACCCCCUUGCAAGCUGUGGCCCAGAGAGACCCAAUAAUUGCAAAACAGCUCUUUGGCAGUUUGUUUUCUGGAAUUAUAAAAGAAAUGGAUAAAUACAAGACCAAGGCUGAGAAAAACAACAUUACUCAAAAGUUGCUCCAGGACUUUAAUCAUUUUCUUAACACCACUUUCUCUUUCUUUCCACCUUUUGUCUCUUGUAUCCAGGAAAUCAGUUGCCAACACACAGACUUGCUGAGCCUCGACCCAGCUUCUGUCAGUGCUGGCUGCCUGGCCAGUCUACAGCAGCCUGUGGGCGUCCGCCUUCUCGAGGAGGCCCUGCUCCACCUGGUGCCUCAAGAGCCACCUGCCAAGAGGUUUCGGGGGAGGACUUGCCUCUCUCCUGAUGUCGUCAGAUGGAUGGAACUUGCUAAACUGUAUAGGUCAAUUGGAGAAUAUGAUGUCCUCCGCGGUAUUUUUAGCAGUGAGAUAGGAACAAAGCAAGUCACUCAGAGUGCGAUAUUAGCAGAAGCAAGAAGUGAUUAUUCUGAAGCUGCUAAGCAGUAUAAUGAGGCUCUCAAUAAACAAGAGUGGGUGGAUGGUGAGCCUACAGAAGCUGAGAAGGAUUUUUGGGAACUUGCAUCCCUCGACUGUUAUAACCAGCUUGCUGAGUGGAAAUCAUUGGCAUACUGUUCUGUAGUCAGCAUUGAUAAUGAAAACCCUCCAGAUCUAAAUAAAAUGUGGAGUGAACCAUUUUAUCAGGAGACCUAUCUACCUUACAUGAUCCGCAGCAAGCUGAAGUUACUGCUUCAAGGGGAGGCUGACCAGUCCUUGCUGACAUUUAUUGAUGAAGCUGUGAACAAAGAGCUUCAGAAGGCUCUUAUAGAGCUGCAUUAUAGUCAGGAAUUGAGUCUUCUUUACAUCUUACAAGAUGAUGUUGACAGAGCCAAAUAUUAUAUUGAAAAUUGCAUUCAGAUUUUCAUGCAGAAUUACUCAAGUAUUGAUGUCCUCUUACACCGAAGUAGACUCACCAAAUUGCAGUCUGUACAAACUAUAAUAGAAAUUCAGGAGUUCAUCAGUUUUAUAAGCAGACAAGGUAGUUUAUCAUCUCAAGCUCCCCUUAAGAGACUUAUAAAAACCUGGACAAACAGAUACCCAGAUGCUAAAAUGGACCCAAUGAACAUCUGGGAUGACAUCAUCACAAACCGAUGUUUCUUUCUCAGCAAAAUAGAAGAGAAACUUACUCUUCCUCCAGGUGAUCAUAGUUUGUCCAUGGAUGGCGAUAGAGAUUCUAGUGAUACAGUGGAAGUUCAGGAGCAGGGAGAAGAGGUCUGUUCUCUGAUUAAGAACUGUAUAUUCUCCAUGAAAAUGAAGAUGAUAGAAAGUGCAAGAAAGCAGCACAGUUUCUCACUUGCCAUGAAACUACUGAAGGAGCUUCAUAGAGAGUCAAAAACAAGAGAGGACUGGCAGGUGAAAUGGGUGCAGAGCUACUGCCGGCUCAGCCACAGCCGGAGCCAGGGCCAGAACUGCCGUGAGCAGAUUCUCACGGCGCUGAAAACAAUCUCCUUGCUGGGUGAGAGCACACCAAGUUACUUAAGGAAAAAUGUUCUGGCUUUCCAUGACCAGAAUAUUCUCUUGGGUACAACUUACAGAAUCAUGGCUAAUGCUCUCAUCAGGGAGCCAACCUGCCUUGCUGAAAUCGAGGAAAGCAAGGCCAGAAGAAUCUUGGACCUUUCUGGAUCCAGUUCAGAGAAUGCAGGAGAGGUGAUUGCAGGUCUGUACCAGAGAGCAUUCCAUCACCUUUCUGAGGCUGUGCGGACAGCUGAGGAGGAGGCCCAGCCUUCCCUCAGGGGCCAGGGUCCUGUAGCCAGCCUCACAGAUGCUUACAUGACACUGGUGGAUUUCUGUGACCAGCAGCUCCGCAAGGAGGAGGAGAGUGCAUCAGUUACUGAGUCUGUAGAACUUCAGACAUAUCCAGCCCUUGUGGUGGACAAAAUGUUGAAAGCUUUAAAACUGCAUUCCAGUGAAGCCAGGCUGAAGUUUCCCAGACUGCUACAGAUUAUAGAGCUAUAUCCAGAGGAGACCCUGAGCCUAAUGACAAAAGAGAUUUCUUCCAUUCCUUGCUGGCAGUUCAUUGGCUGGAUCAGCCAUAUGGUGGCCUUACUGGACAAAGAGGAAGCUGUUGCUGUCCAGCACACUGUGGAAGAGAUUGCUAAUAACUAUCCACAGGCAAUUGUCUACCCAUUUAUAAUAAGUAGUGAAAGCUAUUCUUUCAAAGAUACUUCUACUGGUCAUAAGAAUAAAGAGUUUGUGGCAAGGAUUAAAAUUAAGUUGGAUCAAGGAGGAGUGAUUCAAGAUUUUAUUAGUGCCCUAGAACAGCUCUCUAAUCCUGAAAUGCUCUUUAAGGAUUGGAUUGAUGAUAUCAAAGUCGAACUGGCAAAAACCCCUGUUAGUAAAAAAAACAUUGAAAAGAUGUAUGAAAGAAUGUAUGCAGCUUUGGGAGACCCAAGGGUUCCAGGCCUUGGGGCUUUCAGAAGGAGGUUUAUUCAGGCUUUUGGAAAAGAAUUUGAUAAACACUUUGGGAAAGGAGGUUCUAAGCUACCUGGAAUGAAACUCCGUGACUUUACCAACAUUACCGACUCACUAUUUUCUAAAAUGUGCAGAGACUCAAAGCCACCUGGGAAUCUGAAAGAAUGCUCACCCUGGAUGAGUGACUUCAAAGUAGAAUUUUUGAGAAAUGAGCUGGAGAUUCCUGGUCAAUAUGAUGGCAAAGGAAAGCCAGUGCCAGAAUACCAUGCACGAAUCGCUGGAUUUGAUGAGCGGGUAAAAGUAAUGGCUUCUAUCAGAAAGCCGAAGCGUAUCAUCAUCCGAGGCCAUGAUGAGAAAGAGUACCCUUUCCUUGUCAAGGGGGGUGAAGACCUGCGGCAGGACCAGCGGAUUGAACAACUCUUUGAGGUCAUGAAUGUCCUCCUUUCUCAGGAUGCUGCUUGUAGCCAGAGAAACAUGCAGUUGAAGACCUACCAUGUCAUACCCAUGACCUCCAGAUUAGGACUAAUUGAAUGGAUUGAAAAUACUUUUACCUUGAAGGACUUUCUUUUGAGUAACAUGUCACGAGAGGAGAAAACUGCUUAUACAAGUGAUCCCAAAGCACCACCAUGUGAAUAUAGAGACUGGCUGACAAAGAUGUCUGGGAAAUACGAUGUUGGCGCUUACAUGUCAAUGUUUAAGGCAGCUAGUCGUUCUGAAACAGUCACAUCUUUUAGAAGGAGAGAAAGUAAAGUGCCAGCUGAUCUCUUAAAGCGGGCCUUUCUGAAGAUAAGCACAGGCCCUGAGGCCUUCCUGGCACUUCGCUCCCACUUUGCCAGCUCUCAUGCUCUUAUGUGCAUCAGCCACUGGAUUCUGGGCAUUGGAGACAGACAUCUGAACAAUUUCAUGGUAAGCAUGGAUACAGGUGGAAUGAUCGGAAUCGACUUUGGACAUGCAUUUGGAUCAGCUACUCAGUUUCUGCCCGUCCCUGAGUUGAUGCCUUUUCGUCUGACUCGCCAGUUUAUCAAUCUGAUGUUACCAAUGAAAGAAGCAGGCGUUAUGUCCAGUGUCAUGGUGCAUGCACUGAGAGCCUUCCGCUCACACUCUGACCUGCUUACUAACACCAUGGAUGUGUUUGUAAAGGAACCUUCCUUCGACUGGAAAAAUUUUGAACAGAAAAUGCUAAAAAAAGGAGGAUCAUGGAUUCAAGAAAUAAAUGUAACUGAAAAAAAUUGGUAUCCCCGGCAAAAAAUACAUUAUGCUAAGAGAAAGUUAGCAGGUGCCAACCCAGCAGUUAUUACUUGUGAUGAGCUGUUCCUGGGCCAUGAGAAGGCACUUGCCUUUGGAGAUUAUGUGGCUGUAGCACGAGGAAGCAAAGAUCACAACAUCCGUGCCCAACAACCAGAGAGUGGACUGUCAGAAGAGGCUCAAGUAAAGUGCUUGAUUGACCAGGCAACAGACCCCAACAUUCUUGGCAGAACUUGGAUAGGAUGGGAGCCCUGGAUGUGAAGAACUGUGCAAGUCAGCAGAUAAAAAGCAUGAAAGUGUUCAAAGAAUCUCCUAAACUUGGGCCACCUGGGUGGCUCAGAUGGUUAAGAAUCUGCCUUCAGCUCAGGUCAUGAUCCCAGGGUCCUGGGAUUGAACCCCAGGUUGGGCUCUCUGCUUAGCGGGGAGCCUGCUUCUCCCUCUGCCUCUGCCUCUCUCCCCUGCUCAUGC